AUGCGUUUCCUUGGUGCUUUUUUGCUAGCGAUCUGCCUUCUCAGCGCUGUGGUUGGCUAUGCUUCUGCUCUCGCGUAUUACCCGGACCAAACUAGAAUUUCCGCCAAUCUACAACGCUUCAACACCGGGGAGAAGCUUAACGCUGACAUCGAGGACGACUCCGAGAAGGCUUACAUUCCCGGGCUAUCGCCGCUAGCAGGAGCGGAGUCGAAGAUUAGUCCGUCGGCCCAAAACCUCGCUAACAAGCUGUGGCUCAAGUGGAGGACGGGCCCAGCGCUGGUCUGCACCUCGGAGAGGCCGCCGCGAAGCUCGACAACAACCCAAGGUUCCUCCUGUGGCUCAACUCAAGUGAAUCGCCGACAGAAGUUUUCAGGAUGCUGCAUCUUGACAGAGCAAGCUUUCCAGUUGAAAAACUACAAGUUGGUGGGCGCGACUUGCGAACAUUCAAGGUUUUUGCAGCAGAAGUACGACGAUUCGGAAAUCGAGCUCGUGCGAAUUUCCCAAGCACUAAAACAGCGUCCCGAGCUGGAGUCUCUCGGAGACAACGUGCAGAGUUUCCUGUUUAGCGCUUGGAUAGACCAAAAGUUGACACCUGAGUUGGUCCAGUCAAGACUGGCUAUUGAGAAAGUGCUGAAGACAGUGCGAGGGUUGUUCGCCAACGACAAGCCUGAUGAAGCUCUACCAAUCGCCACGAAGCUUGGAUAA